AUGGGUCAAAGUUCAUCAAUAUUCUGCUGUACAACCAUUGAUAAACACGAAAACAAUUUGAGUAAGGAAAUAAAUAAGAAUAAAAAUAUCGAACGAAUUACUUCUAUGUCUGCCAUUAAAAUCAACAAUAAUACUGCUCAGUCACAUGGGACUGCUCAUGUUGCAAAUGAUGUUUCUAAUCUUUCUUUUGUGGAUAAAGAGGUGAACAAAAAGUUGAAAGAGAGUAAUCAUGGAAUCCCUGACGAAAACAUUACGAAUUCUAAAUUAGAUAAUUUUGAUUCAUUGGAAAACAAGAAAAGAAACAAUACAUCCAUCAUUGCGAAUGAGCGUCUCAAUUCCACUAGUACUGAUAUUUCAAAUAAGAAGAACCGAUACGAAAACAUUUCUAAAAUCAAUUCUAAGAAAUUUAGUGGGAAUAAUGAUAGCAGUGUUAACAACACUAGUGUUAUAUUAAAUGAAAAUGAAGACUCUGAUAUAGAUGAGUAUGAUGACAUCAACAAAGAAAAAAAUGAUUCAUAUACUUACGAAAGCAAAGUAAUUGGCAACAUUGCAUAUGAUGGAUUGGAUAUAGACGGUAGUUCAGUUGAAACGUUUAUAACUACAGAAAACGAUCCGAUUAAUAUUAUAACUAAUGGAUCCGACUCUGCAUCUGAUUCAAAUUCACACGCUAUAAUCACGACAGAAACGGCUACAAGUAGUAUGUCAUUAUCUGAUUCAUCCUCAAUUCAAGCACAGGAAGCUAAUAUUCCUGAGUUCAGCUCAGCGAAUAGUAAUAGUGUAGUAACACAAGUGAAUCAAAAUGAUCCUGUUAUGAAUAACAUGAGUCUUAAUUACGCAGAAAUUAACGAAAAUAAUAAAAUGAUCGAUGGAAAUUUGAUAGACUUAUCAAAAUUGCAAGCAAAUCAAGUAUCUGCAACAGGCUAUGAAACUUUACUAGCUCCAAAAGAAAUUAAGAGAUUUGGCAGAAAGAAAUGUCUAAUUUUAGAUUUGGAUGAAACUUUAGUCCAUUCUUCAUUCAAGUAUGUCGAUUCCGCUGAUUUCGUAAUUCCUGUAACCAUUGAUAACCAAACACAUCACGUCUAUGUCAUUAAGAGACCUGGUGUAGAUGAAUUUUUGAAAAGAGUGAGUGAAUUAUAUGAAGUUGUCGUUUUUACAGCAAGUGUAUCGAGAUACGGCGAUCCUUUAUUGAACAUUUUAGAUCCAGCAAAUACCAUCAUUCAUCACAGAUUAUUUAGAGAAUCAUGCUAUACUUAUGAAGGUAAUUAUGUCAAAAAUCUAUCUCAAUUAGGAAGACCUUUAAAUGAGAUUAUUAUUCUUGAUAAUUCUCCUGCUUCCUAUAUUUUUCAUCCGCAGCAUGCAAUUCCAAUUUCUUCAUGGUUUUCCGAUAUACAUGAUAACGAAUUAUUAGACAUAUUACCUCUAUUAGACAAUUUGGCUAAUCCUGAUGUUCUUGAUGUGGGAAAUAUUUUAGAUGUCACAAUAUGA